CAACAUGCUUCCUCAUCAUUCCCUCUCUUUCGCCCUUCUUCUCUUUCUUUCCAUCUUUGUCUUUAAUGUCACUGCAGCAAAUAAUAAGCUCCCAAAAGGUUUCAGCAUCGACCUCAUUCAUCGUGACUCCCCAUUAUCACCCUUCUACAACUCCUCGAUGACCCGCUCGGAGCGAUUUCAAAAGGCUGCGUUGCGCUCCAUGUCUCGAGCUAAUCGCUUUGGCCAGUCUUCCACGGCUGAAACAAGCGAGUUAGUAGAAACUGAUAUAUUCCCAAACGAUGCAAGUUAUCUCAUGAAGAUAUCUGUUGGGACUCCACCUGUAGAGAGGUUGGCACUCGCGGACACAGGAAGUGACCUUAUUUGGUUCCAGUGUUCACCUUGUCCUAAGUGCUAUCCUCAAAACGCACCCCUCUUUGAUCCAAAAAGUUCUUCCACUUAUAUGACUCUCUUAUGUGGCUCAGACCCUUGUAAUUCCCUACCCAAAUCUCUGUGCAAGGCCAACUGUAUCCUAAAUGUGGAACAUCAAAUGGAACAACGCAGGACUUGUUGGGCUUGGUCAGGGAAUUUGUCGUUAGUUUCACAAAUGGGUAACGUGGGUCGCAAAUUCUCCUAUUGUCUGCCUCCUUACAGUGCAAAAACCACAACUAAACUAAGGUUUGGGGAAGAGGCAGCCAUAUCAGGAAAUGGGGUUGUGUCCACUCCGUUGAUCACAAAACCUGGUUCCCUGUCUUCGUUUUACUUCCUCAACUUGGAAGGUAUCACUGUGGGACAGCAGACAGUGCGGACAGGUCAAAGCAAUGGGAACAUAUUUAUUGAUUCUGGGACGACAUUGACAAUGCUUCCAUCAAGCUUUUAUGAGCAGAUUGAAGCUUUGGUGAAGCAAGCGAUUGGAGCCAACCAAUUCAUAGUACAGAACAAUCAUUACAAAUUGUGUUACAGAAAUGCUAACUCCAUCCAGAAUUUCCCAAAUUUUGAGGUUCAUUUCACAGGAGCCAAUCUUUCCUUAAAACCUCAGAACUUUUUCCGUCGCAUAUACAACGAUGUUAUAUGCUUUGCAAUGCUUCCUACAGAUGGCAUGCCCAUUUACGGAAAUAUGGCUCAGAUUAAUUUUGAGGUGGAGCAUGAUCUUGAUCAGAAAAAACUUUCUUUUGCUCCUGGCGAUUGUACUAAACAGUAG